UUCACAAUGCCUAAUGAUAUCACCAUUCAAAUUCUUCUAAAACUUUCUGUCAAAUCGCUUUUACGAUUCAAAUGUAUUUGCAAAUCAUCGAGAUCUCUAGUUGAAGAUCCCCAAUUCAUCAUGCUUUACCAUGAUUCGUCAAAAAAUGAUGUGAAUCAUCAAAAAAUCUUUGUGUCUGGUGGUGAAUGUGACAACAAGGACGACUAUUUCUACUCCGUAGACGCUCCACUUCAACAUGAUUCUGUUGCCUCUCUUAUCGAACCUUCUAUUCCAGAAAUCAAUCAAUCGAGUAGAGUAAGUUUCACUAGUUAUUCCAGUAAUGGGAUACUUCUUUUGAUUUUUCCUUAUCAUUUAAUUGUUUUAUGGAACCCAACUAUCAGAGAAUCAAGAAAAAUCCCUAGCCCAAUUCCUAAAAAGAAAAUGAUGGAGAGGAAGCUAUUUCCUGCUAUUUAUGGUUUUGGCUAUGUUUCCUCUACAUGCGAUUAUAAAAUAGUUAGAGUGGGAAAAAAAGAUACUUCAAAUAGUUAUUAUGAGGUCGAUCUGUUUUCAACAAGAAGUAAAUCGUGGAAAUUGAUUGGCAAGUUUCCUCCGAAUAACUUUUUCUCCGAAAGAAACAUUGUUACCAUAGAUGAGAAUGUUUAUAUAAUAGCAAUGACGGAGAAUGAAUCUACUAUAUUAAGUUUUUGCUUGGAGAAGGAACAAUUUCAGCAAGUACUAUUUCCAGAUCAGAUUCAAAGGUUCCAAGAUCCAAUUUUGUAUGUUUUAGGAGAAAAUCUUUGUUUGACUAGGAUGCAUGAUUUAGCGAGCCGCGAUUUUGAAGUUUGGCAUAUGAAAAAGAAUGGAUUAAUGAACAACACAUGGAGUAAGAGCUUCACGAUUCCAUCGAUGCAUUGCGGACGUUGCUUGAGGCCCGUGAGCUUAAUGACAAGUGGAGACAUAAUAUUUCUAAACUACAAAGGUGAUUUGAGGUCUAUAAUACAAAAAGAAAUAAAUUCGAAACAAUUGAAAUUGUUGGGUUUGAGUUAUUAGUUUUCUUUAAUUGGGUUGUACCAUAUGUAUAAAGUUUGUUUUCUCCUAAACAGAAGCGGAUUCACCAUAUGAUUGCACCAGUACCCAUAAAGAAUAUGAAUGUGAUUUUGAAAGAAUAAAUCAAACAUGGUUAAAAUGCAAGGAGGGACACAAUAGAUUCUCA